AUGCCGGGCCCGUCGCCCGGCGGCUCCCCGGAGAGGGAAGCAGGGGCCGGCGGGCGGCCGCGGGGGCCUGGCCGGGACCGGCGGGUGCGGUUCCGGCUGCCUCACACCGCCAUCGCGGUGCCGUCGGUGCGCGAGGAGGAGCAGCUCUUCUACCGGCGGCUGGAGGCUCUGGCAGUGCCGGGGCCCGGCGGCUUCGGGCCGCUCUUCGCUUCCGACGGUUGGAGCGACUUGACGGAGGACCGGCUGCUGCGGAAGCGCGUGGUGCGGGCCGGGCCGGGCGGGCCGCGGCCGUUGCCGGGCCAGGAGGUGUCGGUGAAGGUGCUGGGCGCCUUGGAGGACGGCGGGCUGGUGGAGAGGGACCCGCGGCUCAUCUUCGUGCCGGGUCACGGGGACGUCGUGCAGGUGAGCCCGAACCGGUGCGCGGUUCAGUGCCCUGCUGGCUCAGCGCCGCCCUGGGCUCCGACCCGCCAGCCCCGCCGUGCCCGCCCACAGGCUCUGGAGCUGGGCGUCCCCACCAUGCAGCCCGGGGAGGUUUCCUUCUUCCUCGCCGCUUUCCCCUACGCCUACGGCCGCCCGGGCAGGGAGCCCGACGUGCCGCCCGAGGCGCCGCUGCUGUUCGAGGUGACGCUCCUGGAGGUGCGGGACGGCCCCGACCCACAGCCGCUGCCGCCCGCCGUCCGCCUGCGCCUGGGCUCGCAGCGCCGGGAGCGGGGCAACUUCCACUUCGCGCGGGGUGACUUCGCCGCGGCGCUGCGCUCGUACCGGCUGUCCCUGCGCGCCCUGGACGGCCCCACCGCCGGUGAGACCGGGCGGGAGGGAGGGCCCCGGGCUGCGAAGCUGGAGCGCUGAGGUCGCCACUCGCCCCGCAGCUCCGCCCGGGCCCGAGGAGGAAGAGGAGCUGCGGGAGCAGCGCGUGAAGUGCCUCAACAACUGCGCGGCUGCCGAGCUGAAGCUGGGGCGGGCGGAGGAGGCGCU